GUUGAGGCGGUGGGGAGGGGAUUGUGUGGCAAUUUGGAAACGAAAAGUGUGCGUUGACUGAUAGCCGAGAGCCGUGACGACGGUGGGAGAGACGGGGGUCUUCCAAUUGCUGUUUUUGGGUGUGAUAAUCGUGAGUGUGUCCCCCCUGUCGAAGCGCAGUGACUGCGGGCCGAAACGUUGAGCAGCAGCAGGCUGUGGGUGAUAUUGAUCUGUGCGAAGAGCGUAGAACUCGGGUGUGUGCGCGAUCGGCUUAGCGAAACGCAUCGAUCGAAGAGGGCCUUGCCUAGAAGCUUUAGUGGGAGUGUGCGUGCGUGCGUUGUGUACACACUACCUCACAGCAGGCUGGAUCUAUCUAGCAGCUAGCUGGCAAGCAUAGAUCAUAAAGUGAGUGAAAGAAAGAAAGAGCCAAAGAGCAGAUAGACGAAGAGAGGGAGAGGGCGCAUAAAACAGAGGAAAGAGGCCUUCUCGACAACUCGACAUCACACGGAUAAAGUUUAUAGAAUGCGACGAACGUAGCGCACAACUCGCGAUCAUCACAGAGAGCUGAGCAAAACACACACUUACUCACACUUGAAAGAUUCCCAAGUACCUCGACUUGGAGAGGGUUAAUUAGUGAAAUCCGCGUAGAAGGCAAUUGCGCGUUCCAGAGACCCCUUGUGUGUGAGUCAUCGACAUCUGCCGAGGCGUGAGGGAGUCAUCGCCAUGGUUCAGCGCCGAGGAUCACGUCGUACGUCGUAGUCGAUGAUCUGAUCGUGAGUAAAUGUGUCAACCAGCGGGCCUGGUGAGCAGAUAAUUGCCACGGCAAGCAAUGCAGGUGGCGCAGCAGCAGCAGCGAAUUAUCGCCGUCUGUCGAAUUUCAAUCGCAUACUUGAACUUGCCGCAGAAUCUCGCGUCGAGCAGCUUAAGCUAGCAAGCUCACACACUGCAAGCCAGCGAGCGAACAGGCAAGCAAGCAACCUCCAAAGGGUAAAUAUUGAACCUCCGCGCUUUGCGUCGUUGCGCCGUCGCUGUCAAAGGAUUUCCAGAUUGUUGCUGGAUGACGUCACGGCCGAUACGCGCAGAACCGCGAGACCCAGCACGCAAACAAACAAACAUCAGAGCCCCAACCCAAAUGCUCAGCUUAGCCAGAAUCGAAAAUUAUGAGACAACAUCGGCGGCCCCAGCUGAUAAGCCAAGCCGAUGAGUUCAAACAAUGUUGGCAGUAUGCUUCCACCGCAGUGUGAUUCGAACGAUGUGAUAGACGCGGAUGUUGCCAGCACGAAUGCCUCAAGCACCAGCACCGACACCAACACCACGAUCACUAAUCGCGAUCAUACGGCAGCAGCAUCGACAAUGUGCAAAAUACCGCCGACUUUGGACGUCGGCGAAGACAACAACAAUUGCUACGAGCUCGAUGUGAUCAAUAGCAAGGACCCGUACGCCGAGCUCGAGAGAUAUCUGGAAAAGGUCAAGGCUGAAAUCUCGGAGGUAUUUGCGCAGCUGGAAUCGAGGCGUGAGGAAAACGGCAUCGUCGGCAAUGACACUGCCACGCUGCCGGCGGCCGGAGGAAGCUGUGACGGUGGCUGGUCAGCAUCCGCCGUUGCCACCCCCGCCGUCGCAUCGCCGCCACCGCCAACCCGCACCAUCCCGAGGAAGUCGGCGGCGGCGGCUGCUCCGGUCCGUGACAGCAAUUACAACACCAAAGCGAGCCGCUGCCAGAAUGUGGCCUGCGAACUCGACUCCGUGGACGGGGCCAACCUGGAGGCGACGGAACGGCUGCUGCGGGAAAUUGCCGCCACGCUGCCCAAGCAGAACCAUCACAGUCAGCAGCAGCAGCAGCAACAGUCUGUCUCAUCCCAUCAGCAAUACAGUCAUAACGAUCAUCAUCAUCAGCAGCAGCAGCAGCAUUCGCGAGAGCGCAACAAUGGUGCUUUUGAGUCGGCUCGAUACUGUGAUCCCACGGCGGCGUUCGUCAUCGGCGGAGAUCAUCAUCUCCAGCAUCAGCAGUUGGUGUUGAAGAUCGACGAAGAUCACGAUAAGCCGGAACAUCAUCAGCAGCGCACGCAGCAGCGGUUUAAUGGCGGCCGGUUUCUCACCGGAGUAGGCGGAGGACUUGGUGCUACCGACAACAGUCAAUCGUCGGACUAUGAGACCAGCAAUGGACGGGAGAUGCACGACAGCCUGUCGGACGACAUGAGUCUGCUGGAGGAGCUGAGCAUGUACGGCGGAGAUAGCAACGAACAGGACGAGGAUGGGUCCGACAGCAAGGACUCGUCAUCGCCAAAGUUGCAACCGCCGGGUCUGGUCCACCCGAGAUCGGUACAGUACCAUAAGAAUCAGCAUUCAGGUGGCAACGGCAUUCCCAGACAGUACGCAGUCCACCAGCUGGCGGACAAACAGCUGAAAACCAGUACAAAUAGUCUACCUUCCACUAGCCGCAACUUUAGUCUACACCAUAAGUUUAGGAAUCACCAGAACGUAAUCGAUGCCAAAAGACGACAGUUUUUCCUGCCGCUGGAGCAGGAACCGUUCCAGCAGCAGACGAACCGGUCAAACAUGACGGAGCUGCCGUCGCCGAGCAGUACGUCCCUGCACAGCGGCUACAGCCACCUGAUCCUGGAGGACCUCGGCACCAAGUCCAGCUCGGCGCCGCUGCUCAUGAAGAACGAGGAGGUCGAGCUGGGCGAGCGGAGGAACCUUAGGUACUCCCGAUCGCAGAGUGACCGGCAUCUAGCAGAAAUCGAAGCCAUUGAAGCGUGUCGAUGGCUCCGUGCGGCCGGAUUCCCACAGUACGCCCAGAUGUACGAAGAUCACCAGUUUCCGAUCGAGAUCAAUGACGUGGCGAAGGAUCAUCCGUUUUUGGAGAACGACCCGCUGCAGUCGCUGUACCGGCGGUUGCAAACGUUAAACCGGUGCGCCAACAUGCACAUUGACACGCAUCAGCAUUCCCACCCGCCAAAGCAGAGCGAAGACUCGGACGACGAUAGCUGUGCCCUGUCGGAGGCUUGGACGUUUGCCCACAACAGUCGGCGGUGGUCGCGAGUUGAAGAUGCGGCUGGGUUGGUGAGCGUGAUCAAGCAGAAGCACGGCAACAAGAGCGACGUCAGUACGGUUAACGAGACGGAUUCGGCGGAGGAAUCUUCCAAGAGUGGCUCCAAGACGACGACCACGGACGAUAAGGAGAACUGGGGUGACGACGGGGUCACGUUGAGCAUUCUGUCGGACAGUGACACGGGAGAUGGACCGGUGCGGCUUCGCAGGACUGGCAGCGAACGACUCAAAGAUGGUGCUAAAGCUUUGCUCCGGCGGGUGGAGUCAAUCAAGUCCCGCAGGAGGAAGCGCCAAAACCGGGACGGACUGGUCCUAAGUGGACCCCACUCAUCGAGCUUAUCACCGGUGCACCAUCCGUUGGACGACCUGAAGCACAUGGAUUUGAUGUCGUUUUCGAAUCCAUCGUCUCCGCGUCCUUCGGCAGCGGCACUCGGUGACCACAGACGGGACAACAACACACUCGGAACGAACGAGAUCGUGUCGAAUCUGCUGUCGCCGUACACGCUGAGUCCGUUCGGUCACAUGGCUCAGGAGGAUCACGGCGGGAAAAAGGAGCACAAACGAAGCACCACAAAUCGUUCUAGUCCGUUGCACUUUUUCAUCCAGCUGCAGGAGGCCAAGUCGGGCGACGAUUCGUCAUCGAUCUGCAGCGAAGACAGUCAGGAUUUGAACACCGGGUACUUUGCGGGAAGGGUGGUGAAGACGCCGAGCAAGAAGUAUCCCAAGGCGAAGAAGCUGCUGCGAAACAAGGUCACUGCGGACGAUUCGGGGGCCCUUUCGGACUCGGAGUACCAGUCGAAGUUACGCCGGGCCAAAGUUUCGAGUGACUUGAAGGAAACCAGCAGCAAUACACUUCAGGUGUCCAAGCUGAACCGAGGUGGAUCGUUGAAUCUGGGGAAGAAUUCCAAAAAAUAUCGUGAUGCAUUCCAUAAUCGCUCGAUGCGAGUUGCCAAGACUAGUGACGAGAAGGGUGGCGGUGGCGGCGGUGGUGAGGACAAGAAGCGUCCUACGGUGGCCAGAUGGCACAGCUUCCAACAGCCGAAAAACUCCGAAGGACAUCGGAUGAGCAUAGUCGACUUCAAGGACAGUAACGCCAAGGACAAGGGAAGAUACUCCGGUGGCACGACAAUCUACGAGAUGUCUUGCGGUCAGCUGUUGGUAGUUCGCAAGCUGGCUCUGGUCACGCUGACAGGAUGUAUGGAGCGCUACUGCCCGACGCAUCGUUCCGGCUGGAACUGGGAACUGCCCAAGUUCAUCAAACGUAUCAAAACACCAGACUACAAAGACCGACGGAUAUUUGGCAUUCCACUAGUCCUUAACCUGCAAAGAUAUGGCAACACACUUCCGGAGAUCAUCCAGAUGGCACUGACCUGGCUGGAGCAGAACGCACUGGACCAGGUCGGGUUGUUCCGCAAGCCGGGCGUCAAGUCGCGGAUAGCGAAACUCAAAUCGACCGUCGAAUCGUGCAAUAACGUUUCCAACCGGAUGGACAUUUUCGACGAUCACCACGCGUACGACGUGGCCGACAUGCUGAAGCAGUACUUUAGAGAGUUACCGGAUCCGCUGCUGACUGCCAAGCUGUCGGAAACGUUCGUGGCCAUCUUCCAACAUCUUCCGGUCGAUGUUCGCUACGAUGCGGUGCAGUCGGCCAUCCUUCUACUGCCCGACGAACACCGAGAGGUGCUGUACACCCUGUUGAGCUUCCUGGGCAAGGUCGUGUCCAAGGCAUCCCAGAACCAGAUGACCGCGAACAAUUUGGCCGUUUGUCUGGCGCCGUCACUGUUUUACUCCAUUUCCGGUAGCAGAUCGUCAACGGCAUCGCCACGUCGCAAGAAGGGCGCCACCGGCCAGCCCGACGAGAAGGAGCUGAACGAGACGCGCGCGUCGCACGACUGUCUGGCGUAUCUAAUCCAGAACUAUCGCACGCUGUGGACCAUCUCGAGCGAGCGGAUGCGCAAGUGUAGCUUCAACUACAUGGAGGAAUCGAAGCCGGUUCCGCUGGAGUCGUUGGGGGCGGAGUUGCACGUGCAAAACUGGCGCGGCUACCUGACCGAGUGCAUCAAGGAGUGCGUCCGGGAGGGGAAGGAGCGACCACGUGGCUGGGUUUCGCUCAACUCGGCCGACCCCAGUGUGACAGUGUACUUCAAGAAGGUGGGCGAUGGCCACCCGUUGCGGCUGUGGAAAACGGUGACCGAGGUUGAGGCACCGCCGACGGAGGUCAUCAACCACAUCCUGAACGAGCGGCACCUGUGGGACGACCAUCUGCUGAAGUCGCGCACCGUCGAGCGGCUGGACGGCGAUACGGACGUGUUUCAGUACGUGUGCGGCCAGCCGAUUACGGAUUAUUGCGUGUUGAGACAAUGGAACACCCAGCAAUCGCGCGGAACCUGCGUCAUCGUCGAGGUUUCCAUCAGCCACAACGGCGCCCAGCUGCUGCUGGACGGGGUGCGCGGCGUCGUUCUCGCCUCGCGGUACCUCAUCGAACCGUGCGGCAGCGGCAAGUGCAAGCUGAUGCAUCUGUCCCGGGUGGAUAUGAAGGGUCGCACACCGGACUGGUACAACAAAAACUACGGCCACAUCUGCCAGCAAUAUCUAUCGAGAAUCAAAAAGUUUUUCGAACAUUACACCGAGGGACCUGAGAGCAAAGUAUAAUUACACACAAUCACUCAAAAAAAAAAACACACACACACAAUUACUACACAAGCAAGCACACAAACCAACACAUUCAGCACUGCCGCAAGGCAAGAGGUGUUAAAUAGUUAAGGGAAUUUAUCAAAUACACCACAAGCAAAAGGAAUAAAUUUAUUGUCGAUGCCAGAAAGCAAUGUAUCAAACACAAACAGUCUCCAAACAUUCCAAAUUUUUUGAUUACCAAGUGCCUAAACCAUGAUAUUUUCUUAGUAUUUCUGUUCGAGAGCGGGAGCGGUAGAGACAAAACCGGUCACCAUGUUAGGAAGAAGAGGAAGAAGACGAUGACAAAAACAAACAAACACACAAACAAGAGAAGUUAUGAGAAACAAAACUAAAACUAGUCCAAGCAAAUCAACUUAACCAAUUUCACAAAACUUAUAACAUUGAAUCACGUGUUUUUUUUAUUUUAUAGUUAUUAUUGUUAAAGUUUAUAUCGAUAGUACGAUAGGGAGUGCAGCAAACACAAAACAUGAGAAAAUAAUAAAUUACCGAAAGCAAAUAUGGAAGCAGAAGAAGGAAUAAAAUGAAAGCAAAUAAUCUCAGUACCGUUAUUCUUAUGGGACCAAUGUCAAUAAGUAAUAUCCAGAGGUCUUCAUUGUAUGGUCAGUCAGUGCCAAUAAAUGUUCAUUUUCCCCUCCAAAAAAA